GGACUUAUUCUUCUUCUCCUUCCAUCACAAUGAAAAUUAUCAAUUAAAUAUGCGCCGUCAAUUGUGCCUCAUGGGAACGGCACAAUCAUCUCCAAAAGGUCAGUCCAAAAUUCUCCUACAUUUUCCUCAAUGUCCUCAAGCUUUGUGAUGAACAAAUCAUAGCUUUUUAACCCCGAGUGCUUGCGCACCCUGAAGACCAAAAAACAACAACUCUAAUUUUUUCCUGAAUGCUUUCAAAUUUACUAUCUUGUUAUACUAUCAAUCAUAGUCAUGAUCACUUUGCUGACUAUGUACACAGAAUCUUUCCUUGUCUGAAAGCUUUGCAUUCCCAUUCAGCAUCCAUACUCGGUUUCGAAAUCACUAGGCUGCGCGACUGUGUGCGAUGGAACACUGCUCCGCAGUCUCCUAUCUCGGGCGAUUUAGGAAUCCUGAUGAGGAUUUGACCAACACAAAAGUCAGAUUAUAUAUGGACAAGAGAGUUUGCAGACCUGCGGGGAAUCUGAAUGUCUUAAGAGCUUUCAGAACUUUCAGAAGUCUCCGAGUGUAUCAAUUGAUUCAUAAGUAGUUGGUGGCUGUGCGAGUGAAGUUUCCCAAAGGCUAAGCAACAUUCCAAUAUUCUAAACUAAGUACCCCAUAAUCCCGUAAGUCAUAGUUAUAGUAAGACAAAUAAAAUGCAAAUCAAAAUUUCCCACACAAAUAAUGCCACUGUUGAUUCUAUAAAAAUGAAACCUACAUGUCUUCUGAGAAUGAUUUGGUGCCUACGAUGCUCAUAAUCCAGUGCACCAGGUGGUGAGACCAAUCUCUUCCUGUGACUACAACUCUUACGAGGACGCACCCCUUUCCAGAAUAUAUCACUUGCGUUUAAUGUGAUGAUCGAGACCCAUCGACAAUGAUCCUGAAUCUCGCCAUCAAUCUAUCUCCAGUUAAAC